AUGACCAAGGCGGAUUAUAGGAGCCAGGUCAAGCCCUGCGGGAUGGCUCUUGUCCAACCUGUUUUAAGGAAUGGAGGUGCUUCCUCCUCACCCUGCUGUGUGAGGCAGCAGCGUGACACACAGGAGUGGCGGUCCUGGGAAUACCCUGUCUUCUUGUAUCUGCUGGAGUACAGCCAGGAAUUGGCAUCAGUUAUCACAGAGAGUUCUCAACUUGGCCUUCACGUGGAAAAACAAGUGAAGGGGCCUGUAACUGCAGAUAGUCAUUGCUUUCAGUUUAUUGCUAUCCUUAAUAUAAUAAAGGAGCAAAAUCGAGAGUUAAGAGGUACACAGAGGGCUAUAACCAGAGAUAGAGCAGCACUCGAAAAACAGGAAAAACAACUGGAACUGGAAAUAAAGAAAAUGGCUAAGACUGGUAACAAAGAAGCCUGUAAAGUGCUGGCAAAACAGCUUGUACAACUGCGGAAGCAGAAAAAUCGAACGUACGCUGUUAGCUCUAAAGUCACUUCUAUGUCGACUCAAACAAAGGUCAUGAACUCUCAGAUGAAGAUGGCAGGAGCUAUGUCAACUACAGCAAAAACAAUGCAAGCAGUUAAUAAGAAAAUGGAUCCACAAAAGACACUACAAACUAUGCAGAAUUUCCAGAAGGAAAACAUGAAGAUGGAAAUGACUGAAGAAAUGAUUAAUGAUACUCUGGAUGAUAUUUUUGAUGCUUCUGACGAAGAGGAAGAAAGCCAAGAUAUUGUUAACCAAGUGCUUGAUGAGAUAGGAAUUGAAAUCUCUGGAAAGAUGGCCAAAGCUCCGUCAGCUGCCAGAGGCUUACCAUCUGCAUCAACAUCAAAAACUUCUACCAUAUCAGAUGAAGAGAUUGAACGACAGCUCAAAGCUUUGGGAGUUGAUUAGCUUGAUGGCAAUAUGCAGUCUGCCUUCUAAUUAUUCAGCUGCAGACAGAUGUAAAAAGUGCAAAUACUGUUUCAGUGCAACUGAUGUCUGGGAAAACUCUGAAGCUUCAGAAAUGACAACUUGAAGUUGAACUGGGGGAAGGAGAAGGGGAGAAUGUUUUGGAUCAAUUUACAGGGAGAAGUACAGUUGGUGUGUCCACUGCACAGUCUUUUUUGAGCACUGGACCAACCAGGGAUGUAGUUCUAAUGAAAAAUUUAUUUAUACCUGAUCUGAAU